CGGUUUGCAAAGGAAAGCAAGAAGCGAGAAGCAACUGCACACUGGGCACCUCCCUCCGGCUUUGCACACACUUUUUGCACGGCGUUUUUCCACGCUCCCCGCCCCCAGGCCGAUUUGCAAAGGGAAGCAGGGAGCGAGAAGCGCCUCUGCCUGUCCCGUUUGCACGCUUGGCGUCUCCCUCCGGCUUGCGAGGGGAAGCGGGAGGCCGUGGCACACGCUGUUUGCACGCCCCUUUUGUUCUUUCCACGCUUGCCUCCUCCUCCCUCCCCCUCCAGCCCGGUUUGCCAAGGGAAGCAGGAAGAGAGCGGCGAGUGUGCACACGCUUUUGCACCCUUCCUGCCUCCCAAGCCCUGGUUCGCAGGGGCCGUUUUUGCACGGCCGGCGUCUCCCUCCCCCCUUUUUAGAGGGCUUUGCCAGGGGAAGCGAGGGGCGGCAAGCGGGCGCCCGCCUUCUUCCUCCUCCUCCUCCCAGCCCCGCGGGGCCGCGCGCAGCAUCCGGCCGGUCGCCUGGCAGCCGAGCCGGCGUCUCCUGGGCGGGGUGGUGGGAGGGAGGGACGCCCGCGGGCGCAGCCUUGCAGAGCUUUGGGGGGAGGGCUUCCUUUUCCCAGCCCGCCCUCCCUCCUUGCCCGGGACCCUCGCCGCCUGCCUGCCUGCCUGCCUCCCUCUGGCAAGCCGGGCUGCGGGGCCGCAUGGCCAAGCCGGGGGGUCCCGAGGGGGAGCCCCCCAACGCGGCUCUGGACCAGGACAAGUACGACGCGGAGGAGAACGUGAAGAUCAUCUGCCUGGGCGACAGCGCCGUGGGCAAGUCCAAGCUGAUGGAACGCUUCCUCAUGGAGGGAUUCAAACCCCAGCAGCUCUCGACCUUCGCCCUGACCCUCUACAAGUACACAGCCACCGUGGACGGCAAGACAGUCCUUGUAGACUUCUGGGACACUGCCGGCCAGGAGCGUUUCCAGAGCAUGCACGCGUCCUACUACCACAAGGCCCAUGCUUGCAUCAUGGUGUUUGACGUCCAGCGGAAGGUCACCUACAAGAACCUGACCAACUGGUAUAAGGAGCUGCGUGAAUUCCGGCCUCAGAUCCCUUGUAUCGUAGUGGCCAAUAAGAUCGAUGGUGGGUCUCCUCCCCUUUUUCCCCACUGGGGGGAGGAGAUUCAGCCCCUUCUUGGACACGAGGGAAAACCUUCUGCCCUUCAGGCUUUAAGACCACACCACCUCCGUUGCCCCAAGGCUGCUUAG